AUGGAAAUUCCACGACCAGGUUCACGUAUUGAGAUUGUAGCUGCGAUGCGUCGAGUUCGAUAUGAAUUCAAGGCACGUGGUAUUAAGAAAAGACCUGUUGAUAUAACGGUUUCUGUUGAUGGUAUUAAAGUUGUAUUACAAAGGAAGAAGAAAAGUCAAAAAGAAGCAUCAUGGGAUGAGAGCAAACUUCUCGUUAUGUUUCAUCCAAUUCACAGGUUGCUCUAA